AUGAACAGAGAAUUACAACUACGAGAAGUGCAAUUUCUCGCCAUCGUUGAAUAUUUCGACGAUGACGAUGACUCUACAGCCGAAUUUGUCAAAUUUUGUGCGAUGAGCAGCGACGCUUUCAAAGAAAACCUCCGAUCAGCGAUUCGGGCGAAAUUCAGAAUCGACAUUUUUGGCGGGGUUUUUGACGUGUUCUAUUUGGACGACAAGACUGAAGUGAAGUUGAACUUGCUGGGCGACGUCAGCGAUUUCUUGCUUUGGAUCGGGUGUUUCUUUGAUGAUCAGCUUUUGCACUUGACUUUCAAGCUGCGACUAGUCGUUCGGAAGAAAAAGGCCUUUCGAAGGACAUCUCAGCAAGGAAUGACGAUUCAACAAGCCCCAGCCCCGGCAAUUUCCCUUCCUACUUUUCUUCCGCCAUCGACGGUAUCUGAAACCAGACCAGUGGAAAAUCGAAAACAAGAAGAAGUCAAAUCAAAACCUCCAAUUUCAAACAGUCCCUUAUUCAAUCCGCCAUCAAGAGAAUCGGAAAAAGCCGCAUCUCAAAAAUCCUCGAAUGAUUCCGACGAGGACAUGGAAAUAGCCCUGCAGCCAGUGGAGCCGAAAAGAUCGGUCUUUCGAUCAAGAAAAAGGCAGGCACGGAUGAGUCGAAGUUGA